AUGAAAGAAAUGGAGCCAUAUCAGGGCAGGCAACCAAAUUGUACUGAUGAUUUAUGGAACUCCAAUAAACAAAAUAAUCAGCUAAACCAAAGAGGAAAUAUAAAUAAUCAUAAUAAAAGUUACAAUGAGGAAUACAAUACACAUUUUAAAGACAUACAAAAUAAUGAUAAUAUAAAAAAAAAGGAAAUAAAUCCUCCAAUUUUUAAAAAUUAUAAUAAUAUACAGCCAUACAGCCAUAUAAAUGAUCAAAAAAAAAAAAAUUUUUUUUUUAAUAAUUUUACAAAUAAAGCUAGUAACCUUAAUAAUAUUAAUAAAAGUUCGUCUAUUGAAGAUAAUAUAAAUAGAAAUUGUGAAAAUUGGAAUAAUAAUACUAUUUAUGGAUAUGAUGGGAACUACUUACCAUCUUCUUUAUAUAAUAAUAAUAAAAGCAAUUACAAGUUUAGUAACUUAAACAUGAAUAACCAUCAUAUUAAUAAAAAUAAUAUGUACAUGCAUAAUAAUAUAAUAAAUGAAGAAUAUCAAAAUGGGAAUAAUAUACAACAGGUAUGUAAGAUAGCUAGUAAUAACAAUAAUAUAAAGUAUAGAAAUAAAAAUAAUUAUAUAAAUAAUUUUAAUAAAAAUGGAAAAAAAAGAAAAUUAAUAAUGACUGAUAGGAUAAAUAGCUUUGAAAAAAAACAUAAAUUGGAAGAAAACUCUAAAGAUGAAAAUGAAGACAUACAAAAUAGUUUUGGCAAUUUAGUUCCAAAUUUGGAAAAUGAAUUAAAUAUAAAUAGUUCAAACGAAGGUGAAGAUGAAGAUGAAGAAAAUAAUAUAGAACAAAACAAAUUAUACACAAAUAGCCAUACAGAUAAUAUAACAAAAACAAUAGACAUAAACAAACAUGAUGACAAAACAAAUGAAAAUUAUAAUGAUGAUAAUCCUUAUAAAAUAAAACAAAAUGAUAUACUUAAAAAUGCAAUAGAUUAUUUUUCAAACAUUAAUAAAUACAAAAAUGAAGAAUUAAACUCGGAUGAUGAUGAUAGUGUAGUAAAGUUUGAUGAAGAUAAUCAAAAUAUAUGUUAUGUAUGUAAAAAAAAUAUGUACAUAUAUAAAUGUCCAUUUUGUGAAGCUAGGACAUGUUGUUUAGAAUGUUCUAAAAAUCAUAAAAAAUUAUUUAAUUGUAAAAAUAAAUUAAAAAAAGAUUUUAAAAUAAAACAUAUAGGAAGAAAUAAUUUUAAUGAUGAACUUUUGUAUAAAGAUUUCUUAUUUUUACAAAAUGUUGAAAAAAUUGUAGAAGGAAAUUAUAAAUUUAUAAAAAUAAAUGAUUAUGAAAAUAAGCCAAACAUUUGGGGAUAUUAUAGAGAUAAAAAAGUAUUUCAUAUUUUUAAGAAAAAAAAAAUACAUUUAUUAAAAGCACCUAUAUAUACAACUUUGCAUAAGACAAACAAAACAUGUAUUCGCAAUAGUAUUAUUUAUUGGACUGUUAAAGUUACAUUUUCAAAUUUAAAUUUUUUCAUAACACGAGAUAAUGUAAGUGAAAAUUCGACGUUUCUUCAGCUCUUAAAUGCACUGUGUACAAAAACAGAAAGUCUGCAAUCCAAGUUGAGCGAGUUUUUUAAAAACCUGAGCUCUCUGCGCAUUUAUUUAAAAAAUGGGACAAAGGUAGAAGAACCCAACAAGGAAGAAAACAAAAUUGAUAACAACGAUAAAGACGUGGUUGAGGACAUACCCGAAGAACAAAAUGACAAAACUGAUGAACAGACUUUUGAAGAACUCGAAAAUUCACAACGAAAUGAAUGUGACUUUUUUUCAGUGAAACAUACAAUCAACUAUGCAUUGAUAAAUCAAUCAUUUUAUGAAUAUCCACAUUUUUUUUUUGAAAUUUUAUAUGAAAAUGAUAUACCAAUUCCAAAUCCUUUAUAUAAAGAUAGUUCUAAUUCAAAAUAA